AUGUUAUUCGCUAUCUUCUUCGCCUUUUGGCGAUUCAUGCAGAUCAUUACACUGAUCCCGACGAUGGGCAUGUUGGCAUAUUUCGUCAACGGCUACGUGCAGCUAAAUCAGCUCACGCCCAACUAUAUCCUAGUACUCUUUAUCGUGUCGGUACUAGCCUUGGCAUGGUCUAUCUACACGCUGUUUAGCUACCACCGCUCGUCCGCCAAUGCGACCUUCGUCGCCGUCUUCGACCUUCUGUUUGUGGGGGCUUUUAUCGGAGCGGUGUGGACGUUACGCAUGAUUGCCACUGCCGACUGCACCCAUAUUACGCGCGGUGACCCCUACGACGUCAGCUUCGGUCCUUUCGGUAGCGCUUCCGUUACCAACUGGGACACUAACGUUGACAAGACGUGCGCUAUGCUCAAGGCCUCCUUCGCGUUCGGCAUUAUGAAUUGCGUCUUCUUCUUCAUUACUAGCAUUCUCGCGUGUCUGCACGGCGAUCGCACAGGCACCUCUGACCGCACAUCGUACUACCGCGAGACGCACAGUCACCGCCACGGCCACCGCAGCAGUCGCAGCCCUCAUAGCAGACAUAGCACACACUCACACCGCCGCACCUAUGUAUAG